GUUCCUGUGGGCACAGAACCAGAUGGUAUGAACAUCUUGGGCCUGGUUCUCUUUGCCAUGGUGUUCGGUGUGGCACUGAGGAAGCUGGGAGAGGAGGGGGAGGAGCUCAUACGCUUCUUCAACGCUUUCAAUGAAGCCACCAUGGUGCUGGUGUCCUGGAUCAUGUGGUACGUCCCGUUCGGCAUCAUGUUCCUGGUGGGAAGUAAGAUAGUGGAGAUGGAGGAUGUGGUUCUGUUGGUGACCAGUCUGGGGAAAUACAUAUUUGCCUCUGUCCUGGGUCAUAUCAUCCACGGGGUUAUCCUGCCUCUCAUCUACUUUGGGUUCACACGCAAGAACCCCUUCAGCUUCCUGUCCGGCCUCAUCACGCCCUUCACCACCGCCUUCGCCACCUGCUCCCAGCAGCGCGCCCACACCGACCUCGGGGACGACCCGGGGGACGAGGCGCAGGGCGAUCCGGAUGGGGGAACAGUGGAAAUUCGCAGCAACGAAGCGGUCCAGGCGGCCUCCACCGGCGCCCAACAUCUCUCCCACUGGACCGCAUCCAUCCCACCCACGAG